AUGAACGAGAACCGCUCGGCCACUACGCUUUUCAGAAAGUAUCAACUGGCCUUGUCCAAGAAUGGCACUGUCUCCCUUGAUUCUGGUGAUGUUGGAGAAGCCCAAACCGACUCCUUGUGUGAGUUGUCAGACUCGGACAAACAUGAGUGUGACUCUGUCCUGACUGAAGACCCAAAUGUCUUGGUGGGGCAGGAUGUUGCCCCACCUAGCCAGCAUCCUACAGACAGUAGGCAAAACCUGAGGUCAAAGUUCCAGGGUGCGUUUAAGAAAGGCAUUGGUAACCCCAUGGACCGACUGGAAACUUCCAUCUAUGAGUCCAAUGUGGUCCCGGGACCCAAGAAGGCUCCAAUGGACUCACUGUUCGACUAUGGUACCUACAGGAACACAAGCAACCAGAAGAAACGCAGGAAAAAGCUACCACGAGGUAAAGCAGAGGUUUCCUGUGAGGAUGGUGCUGGUGCUGAUCCCCCUAAAGUCUUGAAAGUCUUUAACCGGUCUCUUCUUUUCGAGUGUGUGUCGCGUGGAGACCCCCUGUCUCUAGAGGGGCUGCUGGAGUUCCUACAAACUCAUGAAAAGAGGCUGAUUGAUGAGGAGUUCAGAGAGCUAUCGACGGGUAAGACGUGUCUGCCCAAAGCCCUGUUGAAUCUCUACAGUGGACAAAACGACACCAUUCCUUUGCUGGUGGACAUAGCUGAGAAGACUGGAAACCUGAGAGAAUUCAUCAACACGCCAUUUAGAGAUGUUUAUUAUAGAGGACAGACAGCGCUGCACAUUGCGAUUGAGCGUCGCAGCAAACACUAUGUGGAGUUUCUUGUGGAGCACGGAGCAGAUGUCCAUGCUCAGGCGCGGGGACGCUUCUUCCAGCCCAGAGACGAAGGAGGAUAUUUCUACUUCGGGGAGCUGCCUCUGUCCUUGGCGGCCUGUACAAACCAGCCUGAUAUAGUGCACUAUUUGACUGAAAACUCACACAAAAAGGCUGAUCUACGACGGCAGGAUUCACGAGGAAACACAGUGCUCCAUGCUCUGGUGCACAUCGCAGACAACACUAAGGACAAUACACGCUUCCUCACUAAGAUGUACAACCUGCUGCUGAUCAAGAGUGCCAAGCUCUACCCAGAGUACAGCCUGGAAACUAUCCUCAACAACGACGGCAUGUCACCACUCAUGAUGGCCGCCAAGCUGGGAAAGAUUGGGGUUUUCCAACACAUCAUCCGGCGUGAGAUCAAAGAUGAGGACGUCCGACAUUUAUCUCGAAAGUUCAAGGACUGGGCGUAUGGUCCUGUUUACUCGUCGCUCUAUGAUCUGUCCUCCCUGGACACGUGUGGAGAAGAGCCAUCUGUGCUUGAAAUCCUGGUCUACAACAGUCGCAAUGAGAAUCGUCAUGAGAUGCUGGCGGUGGAGCCCAUCAAUGAGCUGCUCCGAGCAAAGUGGCAGAAGUUUGGAGCGGUCACAUUUUACAUCAGUGUCGUCUCCUACAUCAUCACUAUGAUCAUUUUUACUCUUGUGGCGUAUUAUCAUCCAACACAAGGAACACCUCCUUACCCCUACACCAGCUCCACAGACUACAUGCGUAUGGCUGGGGAGACUGUGACUCUUGCAUCAGGAAUCUUCUUCUUUUUCACUAAUAUAAAAGACCUGUUCCUGAAGAAGCGCCCUGGAGUGAAGUCUUUAUUUAUUGAUGGUUCCUUUCAACUGCUGUACUUCAUCUACUCAGUCCUCAUCGUUGUCUCCGCUGCUUUGUACCUGUCUGGAAUUAAAGCCUACAUUUCAGUCAUGGUGUUUGCCCUCGUCUUGGGUUGGAUGAACACGCUGUAUUUCACCAGAGGACUGAAGCUAACAGGCACUUACAGCAUCAUGAUCCAGAAGAUUCUCUUCAAAGAUCUGUUCCGGUUCCUGUUAGUCUACGUGCUGUUCAUGAUCGGAUACGCAUCAGCUCUGGUGUCCCUGCUGACUGUGUGUCCUGCUGCGGGCUCGGACUGCGGCGAUGAAGGCUGUCCCACUUACCCAAUGUGCAGGGACCAGGACACUUUCAGCUUCUUCCUGCUGGACCUGUUUAAGCUCACUAUUGGGAUGGGUGAACUGGACAUGAUCCACAGCGCGCAGUACCCAGCCGUGUUCCUCAUCCUCUUGGUCACUUACAUCAUCCUGACGUUUGUGCUGCUGCUCAACAUGUUGAUCGCUCUGAUGGGAGAGACAGUGGGACAGGUGUCCAAGGAGAGCAAGAAGAUCUGGAAGCUGCAGUGGGCAACCACCAUCUUGGACAUUGAGCGUUCAUUCCCAGUGUGUCUUCGCAAGUCCUUCCGAGUCGGUGAGAUGGUGACGGUGGGCAAAAAUUGGGACGACACACCGGACCGCCGUUGGUGCUUUAGGGUGGAUGAAGUAAACUGGACCCAUUGGAACCAGAACCUGGCUAUUAUCAACGAAGACCCUGGUAAAAAUGAGACCCAUCUUGUCAAUGGGCAGCAUCAGGGCGCGAGAGGCUUGCGGCGAGACCGCUGGUCCACUGUGGUGCCGCGUGCAGUGGAGCUGAGCAGGGGACCUCGUUCUCGGGAGCUGGUUGUGGAGAUGGAGCCUCUGACUCUCAGACACUGA